GCGGAGAAGAUGCGAACGUGCGAGUAAAACACACACCCCUCUCGUGAUGAGAAAAGAUUGUGAACGAGCGAGCGCUCUCAGCACAGGCGCACCAAGAGGUGUCGCGUUUUCGGUUGUCGCGUUUUCGCGCCAGAACUCGUGUUUUUUGGCCGGGAAAUGCCUCGCUCCAGCGGUAUCACCAGACUUUCUUGACUAAGCGCAUUUCGGACGUCUUGCGAGUCCCAGCUUUUCUGUCUUUCUCGUUUCCUAUCUCUUCAGUGUUAACCAGGCACCGCUCUGGCUCUCUCCUUUCGAUCGCGGCGGAAAUGAGUGCGGCGCCGAGAGUCAAAAGACGAAACGUGUGUCUCUGGCUUUCUCUCUCUCUCCUCAAUUUCAGUCGAAGGCGCAUUUUCCUGUAGUUCCGAAAAUUCCCUUUACUUCUCCGUCCUGUCUGCUUGUGCACACAUCUGGAACCGCGUCUUCGGCCUUGCCAGACGAGCGCGUAACUGAGACAAAACAUUGACUUUGUCUCCUCCACAUGGAAAACGCGUUUCUCUUCGUGGAAAAAAACGAAACACACGUCUCGUUCCCACCUCCUGGCGCCCUUGUGUUCUCCGUGUGUCGUGGAACCGGGCUCUUGCCGAGUUCGUCUUGAUGACUUCGACUGCUCUUUGAGGCGCUGUCUGUCUUGACGACACUUGCCACCUUCAAGAGUUGUCUUCUGAUUCUUUCCACCCGUUGCUCCAUUCUUGAGUGAACCGUGUCUCGUGUGUCACCAGAUUUCUUGACUCGCGACCAGCACGAGGUGCAAGGGGAGAAACAACAGACUGGACUCACCGCGACUGCAGAAGACAGAGAUCAGAGACGCAUUGCACAAGAAUUUUUUUACCACCCUACGUACCCGGUGUUCUGCCCGCAUAUUCUCGGUUUCCAAUGUAUCUCGUGACCAGUUUAGACGAUAGAUGUCCACACUCAAAGUUACCUCGGCCCUCACAACAUCUUAAUGACGAAUGUGUUGAACACCCACCACACUAAGGAGGAGUUCCUCUUGUAACUGCGGCCGCCCGUCUCCAAACUUUUUUCCCCUAUCGAGGCACACGCGACAGAACUUCGUGGGAGAGGUGUAUUCUUUCAAAGUGCAGAUUUUCUCCGUCUCUUGCUCUGAACUUCUCGACACCAGACGGAGCGUCAAGACGGCGUUCUUCGCAUUUGCCAAAGGCCAAUUUUAGAACGUUCGUGAAGAGAAGAAUAAAAUACGGAACACACUGAAUCUGACUGUCGUGCCGGACUGGAAAGACUUCUGCGUGUUUCUCGUUGGUUAUUUGCCUCACAUUCUUUCUGUCUGAGAACGAACAAGGCGUCGACAGACUCUCCAGGAAAGAGCAGUCUGCGAGACGCUCUGUUUCGUGUUGCCUAACUCUCCUACGCCUUCUUUUCGCUCUCCGUAGGGCUCUGUCCCUCCUGUCCUUCCUGCACUUUUCUGUCGUUUCUUCCCCGAGAAAUUUGGCACUUACUCGCCUGUCUUGCCGCUGUCACAUGCAACCUUUUCUUCCCCCCAGCAAACGGAUUGGGAGAAAACGCAGGGAUAGUUCAUUAGGCGAAUGCUCCUGCUUUUUCAGGGAAAACGACUUCUCAGAUGCUAGGAUUUCGGUCGCCGCCAUCGUCACGGGGUCACCGUAUCUGAUACAGGGAAAUUGAUGAACUAUUGUUGGGAUUUUCUCUGGCGGAAAUGCGGUGCCUCCUCUCCGGCAGGACGCGCCCCUCAGUGGGGCCUCUGCGGCCUUCUUCUAUAACUGGACGGCACUCUCCAAGCUGCACAGUGUCGCUCUCAAAACCUUACGCGGAUUCCUCUGGUCCGGCUCUGUUGCUCCUUCCAGUGAGAGGAGAGAGAAAGAUUUGGUCUUCGACUUUGUGUGUGGGGUCUGUUUGCUGUCCUCUUCCUUCCGUGUCGUCUCUGUCUCCACUGAGAGACGUCUCUUUGCUCGACAGGAAGUGCGUGUCUCUCGGGUGUCUCCGCGUCUCCCGUUCUGUCUCCACUGUCUCUCUUGCUCUCGCCUCCAGGGGUCCUCAAGGGGCGACGGGCGUCAGCGACGAAGUUGGACUCCGACGCACCACGCGUCUGUCUUGUUCUGUCUCGUCGCGUUCACCUCUUCUGACUUGUCCUCCCAUGCUUUUUUCUUUCCGUUCAUAUAUUCAGCACCCUUCGCGCGGGUCUCCGUACCGUAGAGGAGACAGAGAGGGAAAACGUGUCUCGCACAUGAGAGGCGGAAGCGUUCAGGUGUACCUCCACCCCGCCUCCUGUGGUGACGCGUUUUCAGCUCACUCUCGCCGCGGUGUUUUCUGUGUACAUCAAGACGCCGUGAUAGCGGGGAAAGAACGCGCGUGGACCUCCUCACAACGGCUGGCCGGAGCGGCUUCUUCCUCGCUUUUUCCAACUUGCAUCUCGCAAAAGAGACAGCUCUGCACUACCACAUCACAGCCACCCCACACUGGCCCGCAAAGCCCCCCGUCCCACCCCUCCUCUUCUCUCUUUCCUUCUUCUCUCUCUUCAUCCCCUCUUUCAUCCCCUCUUUCUUCUCUUUCCUCCCUGUCUCCUUGCGAGGGAGACUCGGGGAGCGGGUUCUGUGAGUCUGCGGGCAAGGGAAGUGCGUCGUGCGUCGUCGUAGAGCAACAAGGACUUUCGUCGCAAGGUGGACUGUUCAUUUUCGCUGUUGAAGUGCCGGAGACGCAGAGUCGAUCUGUCACUCAAGGCGUCGGAAUCACGCAUUUGCUGUCGCAGGCGCGUUCGCCUCAAACUUCCUCAGCUCUUCUUUUUUCUUAUUCUUACUUCUCUCCGGCUCUCUGCCACUCCUUUCAAAGCGCGCUCCCCACCCGGAACACUGACUUGCCGUCUGCGUCAAUCCACAGAGGUUGCUUGUCUUGUUUCCCCCCUUCUUCCUCUUCUUGCUUCUCUUCUUACUGCUCGUCUGCUUCCUGUAUACCUUCUUCUUACUCUGCUCGGCGAGUGUGUUGUUCGCUCUUCCCCGUGAUGUCUGUCUCUUCUUCUUCGCCUUCCUUCACUGCUUCCUCUUCUCGCUUCUUUGCUUCUUCUGCGCCUCCCUGCUCCGGCGCCUCUCCACCGUCUCUCCCCUCCUCGCGACCUACGAGUCUCACCCCACAAACUACCUCCGAAAGAAGAGACAAGUCUCACAGUCUCUGUCCCCAGGCCAUGGUUGAGUAUCUCAACAGAUUCAUCGUCGGACAGGUGGAGGCUAAACGUGCCGUCGCCGUUGCUCUCAGACAGCGCUGGAGACGCAGGCAUAUUGAAGACGAGAGACUGCGAGAAGACAUAACGCCGAAAAACAUUCUUCUCAUUGGACCCACAGGUGUUGGAAAGACGGAAGUUGCUCGGCGUCUGGCAAAGCGUCUCGACGCACCAUUCAUCAAGGUGGAAGCGACAAAGUUCACUGAAGUUGGGUUUCACGGAAGAGAUGUCGACCAGAUCAUCAAAGACUUAGUGGAAGUGGCAGUAAAGACUCAACGAACGAAACUGCAGGAGGUGAUGAGGCCGGCGGCCGAGCACCGCGCAGAGAGGAAAAUUCUUGAGGCUCUUCUCGGCAAAAUGCCUGCUGAGGAGCACCAGCACUGGCUUCGGCACCUGCGCUGCGGGGCUCUUGACGCGCGACGCGUCCACGUGGACUUUCCCCAGAGGCCGAGCGGCGGCGCAGCCUCAGGUGGAUCCUUCACGGAGGAAGGAAACAGAGAUGCGAUUGUGGCCGACUUGGAAAGCAUUAUUCGAGACAUCGACCGGCCCCGUCCUGCCUUCUUUACAACACGUCGCAGCGGGCGAGGCUCUGAGGGUCGGAAUUUGACAGUGAAGGAAGCGCGAAAAAAGCUCAUGCAAGCAGAACUGGAUUCCAUGAUCACCAAGGACCUGGUUGUCCAGAAAGCACUCGAGGCCGUCGAACAAGAAGGCAUCGUCUUUAUUGAUGAAAUCGACAAAAUCUGCAGCAAGGGCGGUCGGAACGGCUACAAUCCUGAUGCUUCAGACGAAGGAGUCCAGCGCGACUUGCUUCCCUUGAUUGAGGGCACAACCGUCAGCACUCGCUACGGAGACGUGAAGACGGAUUACAUCCUCUUCAUAGCUUCGGGCGCGUUUCACUGCGUGCGGCCGAGCGACCUGCUGGCGGAACUGCAGGGGCGUCUCCCCAUUCGUGUCACUCUCAAAUCUCUGACAGAAAACGACUUGAGAGACAUUUUGACGAAGACGCAAAACAAUCUGCUUGCGCAGAACACAGCGCUCCUGCGCACCGAGAACGUGGAACUCCACUUCACCGAAGAGGCAGUAAACGAAAUCGCUCGAGUUGCUUGCGAAGUGAACGCGAGUGUCGAGAACAUUGGUGCCCGACGUCUACACACCAUCAUUGAAAAAAUCAUGGAAGACAUCAACUUCGCAGCCCCCUCGAUGGCUCCUGGAACGCGAGUGGAAGUCGACCUCGAACGCGUUCGGUCGAGCGUCAGCUCGCUCCUCACCAAGACGGACUACACGCGUUUCGUGCUGUGACACUUUCCUCUGCAAAUCUGCUGCAAAUCUGCGGCUCUUCACCGUCUGUUUCUGCACAGUUUUCGUUCUUUCCUGUCCCGCGAGAGUGAGAGAGUGAAAACGCGGCUUCCUUCGUGCGGACGGCAACUCACUCGACAGGACGGGUGCGACGGAAAGACCCAGAAGAUCGCCUAAAGCCUGUUUUGCGCUUCCUGUACAGAUGUGCGCAUGUCAUCCUGCAUAAAGGUGCAAAUACACCUGGUCACAUUGGCGUAUGCUUGUGCAAGCCUCGUCACUGGAAAGCGGAAACGUAAAGAGAAAGUCUUAUGUGGAGCUUUCGUGACCAGCUGGAAACACAUCCAACAUAUACAGACAAUAUACGUAUAUAUCUAUAUAUAUUUGGAUGCCGCAUACAAGCAUAUGUACAUGUGUACAAGCAUAUACAUAGUCAUAUAUGUGGAUAAACGUACCAUUUAUAUAGUGUUUUUUGUGGAUAUUUGUGUCGUAGUUCUCGGGUCUGCAUGCCCGUGAUUCUUUUUCUUCGUUGAGAGUGCCACGGGAGACACUGCCGGUGUCUCCUGUUACACAUUCUCUGUUCUAAGUCUGCUGUUUUUUCUAUUCUGAUGUUUAUCUCGUCUACUGCGAUGAUACGCGCAAUACUCUAUAAACUCAGGGAGCCGUGUAUAUAUACAUGCAUAUGCAUAUGCGUAUGCAUACAUAUAUACAUAUAUAUGCAUAUAUAUAUAUAUAUAUAUAUAUACACGCGCAUAUUUGUGCACAUAUACAUAUAUCCGUAUAUAUUUAUAUGUGCAUGUUUGUACGAGGAUAAGUGCAUGCGUGUAUAUUUGCAUUGGUUUUAUGAAAUGCGAAGGAAGGGGGGUCUGGAGAUGUUCCUGUCCCAUGUUGUGCAGUGGGAACAAGGGAGAAUCAUCGGUUUUCUUGUUAACGUCCUUUUUGAGGCAAUUCGCCUGAUUGGACUGGAUCUUUUCUCGUUUCUCUCCGUCUUUUCGAUCCCGAGUGUUUUUUUGCGUCUACGCGUUUCUCUCCACGGUUUCUGUCGGUUCGUUCGAAGACUAGAGCUGCGUGGG